GAAAGGAUUGAGGUGUUACUUCAGAGUGUUGUGUCACUUGUUUCUCUGAAAAGGGAGAGUGGAAUUCUACUUAUUGUGGAAAUGCUGCAGAGGUAUCACUUCACCUUUCAGACAGGAUAACCAUUGACCUGCACUAUCCUAUAUGGCCUUUUCCUUAUGGCAGAAGUUAUUCCUUGUCAACUUUAAUGACCUUUACGCUGACAAUGCCUUAUGAAAUGUAACCGUCCAAAAAAAGAAGGACUGAGUGGACUGCUGCAUCAAUUUCAGUGAAUGAUAGUACAUCUAGUUUCAGGUUCAAUCUCAAAGAUAUACAUCACAUCUAUCUUUACAAAAUCCAACUCUUCAAAAUGUAUACAUGUUUUGGUCGUAUACUGUUAUAUUGAAAGACCCCAAAGCAUCUCUAAGGCCCAAAACCUCAUGGUAUUUGUGUCCUUAAGGAGAACUACAGUGUGUUUUGGCCCUAUGAUGAAUUAUGUAAGUGAGCUAUAGACAGGACCCAACCCUUUAUACAUACUUUAACAAAUCAUUUUUAAAUGUUAACAUUGUUUUUAUCCAUCUCCUAUUAGUUUACGAUUGACUUGUUUUUUGUAUCAUCAUUUAAUGUCAUCUUUGCAAAUAUGUAUUUUCUUUCAUAUAUAACCCCUCUUGUGUAUAUGUUUUAGUUGACAUCAUUUUAUUGUAUUAUUCAUAUUACUAUUACAUGUGUAGGAUCAUUGAACCUGUGGAAUGGAUGCAUACAUUAUCCCCACUCUCCAAAAGAAAAAACUGGACUAGUUAUUCCAGAAAAGGUUUAACCUCGGGGAUCUCUUAUACCCGUGAAACUCAAAUUUGAGUUAAAGGGCUUUUAGAACCUCCCACUAUUGCUUUCUGAUGCCACCCUUUAUUCUUCUUUAUGCCAACAGAGUUAUCUUGUGAUGAUGAUCACUGCUGCAUAAAGCAUUUCAUACAAUAGAUAACUAAGCAUACAUAAUUAUGUUACCUCCGGUCAUCUGAGGCCAGAUGCAUUAUGUCAUCGAGACAUAGGCUUUUUACCCACAAAAGGUGUUGGAGGCGAAGUGCAUUUGGACUUUAACGUACAGAUAAGAUUUAUUACUACUACUCACUGGUUUUCCAAGAAGGCCCAGUCAUCCACUGUAUGCUAGAGUUGAACAAUUUUGACUCAAUCAGCUGCAGCCUUCCAAGAAAAGUAAUGCCAACAAAAAAAUCCAGAAACUGUAAAGCACUUGACCCAAGAGCAACAUGCUUUUUCAGUGAUUAUAAUUCAUUUAAACAAACUUAAGUAAGCAGUUCAAAUAGGUUAUCUUCAGAUAUGAGAUAAAUAAGAUACCGUAUUGAUCCCAAAUAGGGAUUGUUUCACUGCAGCAGCACGAACGACAAAGUAUUGUACACAAUUAAAGAAUUAAAAAAGGGUAGAAAAUGAACAAUUAUACAAAAUAGAAGAUAUACACAAUUAAAAGAGUCAAAAUACAAAAGUUGAUAGUGAAGAUCAAAAUACCUAAACAAAAUCUGACAAAUAAAAUACUACAGAGGGGCUAAAUUACAGCUAACACAAAAUGAAAGUGGGAUAUUAUUAACGUUUAGGGUACAAGAAUGGCAUAUUAAAUUAAAUAUUUACAAUGUGAAGUUAUAUGUCCAGUUAAGAAAAGAGAAACUAUGGAGCAGUGAGUUAGAGAAGGAACUCUGCUGUCAAAAAAAACAACACAGACAAAAACAGUUACUGAAACAGUAAAUCCAUGAAAGAGUAGCUACUCUUCCAUCCAAAUAAACUCAAUCAAAACCUAAGCAUUUAAAACAUGUAUAUGGCGGGUACAAAUAACAGUGUACUGAAGAAUACAACAUACUCAGACAAGCUAAAUGUAAACUUAAAGCAUUUAUAAGGUCUGCAGUGAAUAUGGCUCAUAUUAAGUAAAAAGAAAGUUGGGAAAUAAUAGGAAUGAAAAACCUUGCAAACCUGUAUAUCGCUCAUAUAACGCCUUGUUGAUAAUGAAGUGUUUUGAUACGGAUCUCUUCGCUGAACUUGCUAUAAAGAUUUCGUUGAAACCAGAGUGCAUCCGUGUCUUCAGAUAAGUUAACGCGUCGUUGGUCAACACCCCCCACACUCACACACGCUUUAAAAGGAGUGGUUUGCGAUGGGAUUGACUGCAGUUGAUUAUUAGGACAUCUCCGAUUGUUUAGGCACUGAGCCUCCAACCAACAUGUCUACAGACUACUCCAAAAACGCAGAGGAGAGCCCGGAGCCCCGAAAGGCAGAAGUAAAAGGAUGUAUUCCCAGCUGGCUGCAGGGCACGCUGCUGCGCAACGGCCCCGGCAUCUUCUCUCUGGGGGACACCAGCUACAGCCACUGGUUUGAUGGGAUGGCUAUCAUGAACAGUUUUGACAUUAAAGAUGGUGAGGUGACCCACAGAAGCAGAUUCCUGAGAAGUGACACCUACAAAGCUAACAUGACUGCCAACAGGAUUGUUGUGUCUGAAAUGGGAACAAUGGCCUAUCCAGAUCCGAGCAAGAACUUCAUUUUCAAGGCGAUUACCUUUCUUAACCACACAGUGCCCGACUUCACUGACAAUGGAGCAAGCAAUUUCAUUAAAUAUGGAAAUGACUUUUACGCCACCUCUGAAACCAACUACAUCCGCAAGAUUGAUCCUGUGACACUGGAAACUUUGGAUAAGGUGGACUACUUGAAGUACCUGCCUGUAAACCUGGCGUCAUCCCAUCCACACUACGACAAAGAGGGCAAUGCCUACAACAUGGGAACUUCAAUAGCAGAGAAGGGCAAGACGAAAUACACGCUGUUCAAAGUCCCUGCCGUUACAGAGAAAGACAAGAACCCUUCAGACAAACACAAGUGGGUCCCCGCUCUGAAGAUCGAGGUAGUCUGCACUGUCCCCUGCCGCUCCCUGCUCACACCCAGCUACUACCACAGCUUCGGCAUGACGGACAACUACUUCAUCUUCAUCGAGCAGCCGUUUAAACUGGACAUCCUGAAGAUGGCCACUGCAUACAUGAGGGGAGUCAACUGGGCCAGCUGCCUGAAGUUCUGCCCUGAUGAAAGUACUCUCAUCCAUCUGAUAGACAGAAAGACUUGCAAAGUGCUUGAGACAAAGUACUACACCCGAGCAAUGGUGGUCUACCAUCACGUGAAUGCUUUUGAGGAUGAUGGUCACGUGAUUUUCGAUGUGAUCGCCUACAGUGACACCAGUCUUUACGAUAUGUUCUACCUGAGCAAGCUGAAGGAAAAUCCGGGGUUCCAGGAUGAUAGCUACUCCACACCAAGCUACAAACGAUUUGUACUUCCUGUCCACUCAGACAAGGGUGUGGCAGUUGGAGAAGACCUGGUGAAACUCAAGUACACGACUGCCAGUGCUGUGAAGGAGAAGGAAGGCAAACUAAUGUGCCAGGCAGAAGUGUUCUGUGAAGGCUUUGAAUUACCCAGGAUGAAUUAUGAUUUCAACGGCAAGAGGCACCGGUAUGUCUACGGGAACUGUGUGGAGGAGUCUGCGCUGGCCAAAGAGAUUGCGAAGUUUGACACAGAGACCAAGGAGAGGAUUUACUGGAGCGAAGAAAACUGCCUGCCCUCAGAGCCUGUGUUCAUCCCCAGACCAAAUGGAGAGUCAGAGGAUGAUGGUGUGGUGUUGGCAUCAGUUAUCAACAGCAACCCAGGCCAGUUGUGUUUCAUCCUGAUUCUUGAUGGCAAAACAUUUAAAGAGGUAGCUCGAGCAUACGUGCACGCUAAGCUAAAAAAGGAUAUGCACGGCUUUUUCAUCCCGCAAGCCAAUUAGUCAGUUAAACUGUGCUGCAUGGCACAGCGAUCUGUUUGAACACUGAGACACAUUCUGCUGAACAGUGCUUCCAGACAAAAGCUUGAGGAGGAUGCAUUCAUGGACUAUCUCAUCUUUGUAAGAUUAUAGGGAUUGUAUCAAAUCAAAGUUCCUAUUGGUAUGUUUAUUUACAAAGGUGAAGAUUUCUUAAUUGUGCGUCAAUCAAAACGACAUUUAGACAUGUAUAUAGGCCCUAUCACUGUUUAUUAUGUAGUCAAUAUUACUCUGUUGCACUACUUUGACAAUCAUUGUACUUUUGCUCAUCAUUUUUAAUAAAAAAGACUAUGUUCUACAAGUGAA